ACAGAAGAUUCCUGCAGUCCCUCUGUGCCAGGGAGAAAGGUGAAGGGUAACCACAGCCCCCACUCUCCUGUUUCCAAAGCAGUCCCGUGUCCUGCUCCUGAGGCACGGGAACGCAGCUGCAGGGGAUCCGGGGAUCCGAGCCUGGAGCUUGGAGGAACGUAUCUGUGCUUCAUCCCAAGGUUUCCCUUGAGAAACGAGGUUUAGGGCUUUGGCUCCCGUGUAAGGCAAACGGAUCCACCGGAGCAGAGGUGGAGUUUAACCCCCAGGGCCUCCCACAUGUCUGGAAGUGAAGUUUUCUGCUCUCCGCCCAAGGAGAGAUGGUGAUUGUCCCCUUUCCCCCACCAAAAUCCGCGAGCAGCCCGUGACUCGGACGAGUAGGACGGAGCGGUCCUGGCUGGAGGGAACCGCACGGGGAGGGCAGUGCUGGCAGCUCUGCUGCUGCCCCCGAGCUGAAGUCCCCAUUGUAAUGGAUCCGCGGACCUUAGCGCACAGGAGAAGACAGGAGAGCCUGCAGAUGCUGCCAUUUCCAAGCCUGAGCUGCUGACACGGAUUGAGCAGGGAGAGGAUCCCAACACUGAGGAUCAGGAGGACUCUGAGGGAGGAGAGACCCCCACGGACCCCAGCACUGAGUUUUUCUUCCCCGGGCCCGAUGACAGCUCGUGGGGUAAAUAUGAAGAGACUCUGGCUGAAAGCCACGAAGGCUCUGAGGAAGAGGAGAGCAUGGAGGUCCCUGGUACAUACGAACAGCCGUGCGAUGAGGAAGGCUCCGAGAGCCUGGAGCUUUCCAGGUCGUUGACAGGAAAGUGGGAAGAGGUUUUCUCCAACCCGGAGGAGGAGAUGCAGUCGAGCAGCAAGAGCCAGGGCGGGUCGGCCCCGCCGCAGCGAACGGCGACGGGCAACGGGCUGAGGCGCUCCGUGCGCCGCGGGAGAGACUUGGCCAGGAAGGAUCCCGAGGAGGCGGCGGCCGACAAGGGGCCCUACAUCUGCUGCGAGUGCGGAGAGAGCUUCCUGGACAAGCAGCUCUUCGCCACCCACCAGAAGGCGCACGCCAGCGAGGAGGCCUGCACGUCCCUGGAGCGCGGCGAGAGCUUCCGGCAGAAAUCCAAAGCCAAGGGCCAGGGCCCCUCCCGCUCCAAAGCGUCCAAGCGCCCCGACGGGGAGAAGAGCUCGGGAUUCAAGUACGGCUUCGUCAGGCACCAGGUGAACAACAUGGUGGAGAGGCCCUACACCUGCUCCCAGUGCAAGGAGAGCUUCAGCCUGGAAGUGAGCCUGAUCCUGCACCAGAAGCUGCACACGGGGAAGGGCGACGGGCCGCUGACGUGCACCUACUGCGGGAAGGACUUCCGAGACCUCUCCAAAGCCAUCCGCCACCAGCGCAUCCACACCGGGGAGAGGCCCUACCAGUGCACCGAGUGCGGCAAGAGCUUCAUCCGGCGGGACCACCUGCUCAAGCACUGGCGGGUGCACACCGGGGAGACCCCCUACCAGUGCCCCGUCUGCGGGAAGCACUUCCGCUACAAAGAGUCCCUGAAUUGCCACCAGAAAAUCCACUCCCGCAACCCGCGGCCCGGGGAGGAUUCCCAGCACAACCUGGGCUCGGCGGGCACCCAAACCGACCAUUUCUGCGUGAAAAAAGAGACUAAGCAGUAGCCGUGGUGGGGCCGGGGCAGGAGGGCUCGCGGUGACCGUGACGGUCUGGCAGGUGGACGUGCAGCAUGAUGGCAGGUGACUUGUAUCGCAGCUAAUCCAUGUGGUCAUGCUACGAAGCCCGCUUUGGUGAAGCACCCAAGGAAUUCCUCUUAAAGACUCUGCUCGGCCGGCCCAGGCAGCUCUGGGACCCCGCGGGGUUCCGUGGCGCUUCCACCGCGGCGCAGGCCCCGCGCUCGCUGUUCCCCACGCAGGGUUGGAUUCUGCCCGGAGAGAAUAAUCCCGAGCGAUUCUCUGGGCUCCGUAUUUAGCAGGUGUUCCCCCACCUAUCUUUGUGCAUAUUCAGGAGUGACAAGCUUUCGCUUUCUUUUUUCCACUCGUUUCACUGCAAGGCUGGAAGCGCGAGGAGGGAGGGAGGGAAGGAAGGCGCCGUUCCCGGCCGGCCGCCCGCUCCCGCUGCGUCGCCGCGUCCCGAAAGGCUGCGAGGCCAGGACCGGGAUGAAGGCAAGAGAGGCGAGGCUGAGAGGUGGUCGGGGCACGACGUGGGAUUUGCGGAAGGCGGAAAAGCGGAGAGGAGAGCGCGGCAAAGAGCGGGGUGAGAUAAAGCAGGUGCAGGAGAAGGGGCUGAGGACAUUGGAGCAGGAGGAGCCGGGAAGGGCAGCGUUUGGAGGCGUGCUGGGGUCACUCACACGAGGAGGACACGUCUCCGUGCUUUUGAAGGGUGUCGCUGGCACCAGCCGAGCUGCGGUUCCCCUCUGGCCCGAGGGAACGGCGCCGCUGGGCCGACACGCGGACUCCUGACAAUGAAGGUGAUUUUAUUAUUAUUUUUUAACUGGGUUUGGUCUCACUCAGGUAAGUCAGACGAGUGAAAGCAGCUUCUCCUAACCCCUGUAAAGAGCUGUUUGGUUUUUAGUUAACCUAGAAGUAGUCUUAUUAUUAUUAAUUAUUAUUAUUAUUAUUAUUAAUUAUGAUGAUGAUAAUACUACAAAGAAAGGUGUGACACUAUAUUUCACAGUUGCUCUAAAACACUUCCAUGUAUGCGAUAACCGCCCAGAGUUUUCCAGCUGUUUGUGUAAAUAUUGGAUGACUUCUGGAGCUGUUGGUGUUGUUCUGAGGUGGCUGUACGUGGUGUCUCUUCGCUCUGUAUCGUCAGCUGCUGGUUCGUGACCGUGUUUUGUAAUAACUUUUGUAAAGUCUGUCAAUACAGUGUUUCCAUUCUGAA